GACUCAUUGUAAAUGUUAUUGUGCUUAUUAAAAAUACAAUUGCAAACGUGUAUUAAGUUGAAACGACAAUUUUAACAAUUUGUUAAACUAUGCCUAAGCCUAAGGCCCUUUGUGUUUUGAAGUUAACCGACAACUGAACAAAAACGCGCCAAAAAAUCCCAAGAAAUUGACCGGCCAACACUGUUAUUCGGGCAAAACGCAAAAACCCAAAAACCCUGAAAAAAUCCAAAAAAAUAUCAACCCGCAGAAGUGUCCAAAUUCAAAAUACAUGGAACCGAACUUGAUCCAAAGCUAUGGCAUGGACUUGUCCAAAGUGUCCGUCGUGCGUUCCGCCAAAGGCGUUGAUAUGCUCUGCGUGGACAAUUUUUUGUAUCAUUUUGAUCGGAUUGGUAAAAAUAAUUCAUAUCGCUGGCUCUGCAAUCGUCGAAAAGAUAAGCAUACACCAUGCAAAUCCCGGAUUUGCACUCUACUGCCGAAUCCCAGUGACAAGGGGCGGCACAUUGUGACGGAUGUGGUUCUGGCCCACUGUCAUGAGCGGUGCAGUGACCAUGAGAUUAAAAAAGUAAUACAACGCAAGCGUUUAUCUCUAAUGAAAAUGAACGAUGCGUACAGUGCUACCCAGCCCAAGAGAGCACGAAUCUAUGAGCGGGCCACAGCGGGAUUGUCUGGACCCGAAUGGAUAUCGGCGGAUGGGGAACCGGGUUCAAAAACAAAUUCCAGCUUUCAUUUGGAUUUUGAGGAAAAGGAUCGUGUUUACAUGCUCCGACGUCGCGAUGGCCGAGUCAUGGUCUGCGUUGAUGGACAUUUAUAUUAUUUGAGUGGUAAAUCUUACAUGGGUGAUAUGUGUGCAUGGACUUGUGUACGUAAUCGUGACAUUGAGUGCGAUGCAAAGAUAUGCACAGAAGUCACUUUGGCAGGGGCCCACCGAUUGCAUGCCUUUGAGGAAUCAGAUGUACACAUACAUCCACAUUACUCGGCCACCAAAUUGAUGCACAUGUUUGAAAAGCAUCAAAUCGUUUUGAUUGAGGAUGAGCAGACCAAUGACGUGCUACUGGAAUGUCAGAAUAUGGAAUAUUUUGAUCCAGCUAUACUGUUUGAUCAGCAGCAUCUUCAGCACCAAGAAGGUGGGUCGCAUCAAGAGGGCUUUAAUCAACGGGUAGCCGAUGAUUUGGAAUCAAUUAUUAUAGAAGAUUGUGAAGAGACGUUCGAAGAUUAUAUAGGUAACCAGGAAGAAGCGGAAGGCAUAGACAAUGUCGAUGUGGUCGAUGAGGUAGUAGUGGAACAAGAAGAACAAGAUGACGAGGAGGAAUUCCUGGAUAAUGAAGAGAAAUGGCCGCCAGCUUUAAGAGUAAUUGAAGAUUAUAUAACACCAGACGAUCACAAUCCCAUGACCGAAACAGAUCUAACAAAAUUCACCUUUCUACCAUCAGCGAAGGGUCGCAAAGUUUUGUGCAUUAACAAAUAUUUAUAUCAUUUUGAUGCCCAAAGUCGAUCGAAUGGGCAUAUGUUCUUUACAUGCAUUAUGCGUCGAGAUAAGCAAAGGACAUGUCAUGUUAGAGUAACUUUGGACCCAAAACCAAAUGGUCCUGUGGUCCUAAGAAUAAAUGGCGAACAUACUCAUAAGGCUGAUGUAAAAGAAAUUUUAGUACGAUUGAAGCGACUGGAGAAACAUUCAACUUCAGGCCCCUCUUACAAGGCAUCAUUCAAAUGUAAAUCGAAUCCAAAUGAAAGCCCAACUCAUGUAAAUGAAUAUCAAGAUUCAGAACACUUUGAAAAUCAGGAACAGGAAGCACAGGAAGAACAAAAUGUUGUAAUGAAAAAAGUCAUCAAUAUGGAUGGGUCCAUUAGAGUAGAACCCCAUGACUCGAAAUCCAACUUGAUUGUAGAAUACAUGAAGGACACAUCGGAUGACACUAUAAGCGCCAAAAUUGAAAUAUUACCGAAUACUUCAAAGGAAAAAUCAUCGCCCCAUCUGCCCGAGUUAACGAAUAUACGUCGCCGACGCGAUAACACAUCUGCCCCUAAUCCGGAUGGUAAAGUGUUUCCAGACAUGGAUCUUACAAAAAUCUGGACUGUACGUUCAGCCAAAGGAGGUGAAAUGUUAUGUGUCGAUGGCUAUAUAUAUCAUGCCAAAAAUCGAGGUCUAAUAUCACGCAACUACUGGGUAUGCAUCAAGAGUCGGGAUGCGCAGGUUAAUUGCAAAAGUCGAAUAUCGACAUCUACCCAAAAAGAUGGCUCAAUUCGUGUAUUACGUGUCUAUAAUACCCAUAGUCAUCCUAUUAGCGAAAAUGAUAUAAAGCGUCGGUAUUUUAAUGAAAUCAACAAAAAGUCAAAUAAGCAAAUUAAGUUUCGUCCUUUGCAUUUCAUGGGAAAAUCAUUGGAUGAGAUUAAACAGGAGUAUGGUGAUUUAUCCAUUGAGCGUUUGAAUGUGUCCAAUAUUAAUCCGGAUAUUUUGGUCAACAAAAAGCCACGUGUUAGCGGUGGCAGUGCAUCUAGCCCUAAUUCAGAAUCAUUUAUGUGCAAGCAGGAGCCAUCCGGUGAGGAUUACGAUCGAUCAGAACGUAUGACUCAUGAAGAAGGUGAAUGUGAAGAAGCUCCUGUUGAGGAUCAAGAGGAAGAGGAAUUCCAGGAUGAAUUACAUAUGAUAGACGACUAUGUUAAUAUGGAGGAAGCCACAGAUUCCAUUAUUGAAGUGGUAGAGGAAGCAACAACUGAUGAAAUGGAUAACUAUGGAACUGUUAUACCAAUUUUUACGAUGAAAUUAUACGCCGUAUCCGAUGGUCCACCAUCUCUGGCCGUUCGAAUGACUCUUAAGGCUUUGGACAUACAAUAUGAACUAAUCAAUGUGGACUUUUGUGCUCUGGAACAUCGCACUGAGGAUUAUGCCAAAAUGAAUCCCCAAAAGGAGAUUCCUGUGCUGGACGAUAAUGGUUUCUAUCUGUCUGAAAGUAUUGCCAUUAUGCAAUAUCUUUGCGAUAAAUACGCCCCCAAUUCAACAAUCUAUCCGCAGGAUGUCAAUCUACGAGCCCUGAUCAAUCAGCGACUGUGUUUUAAUAUGGGUUUCUAUUACAAUCCCAUUUCAGGCCAUAGCAUGGCACCCAUUUUCUUUGACUACGAGCGAACACCCAUGUCUCUGAAGCGUGUGGAAAAUGCCUUAGAUGUAUUUGAAACAUAUUUGGAUCGUUUGGGCACUAAAUAUGCAGCCGGUGAUAAUGUAACUAUUGCCGAUUUUGCUCUCAUAUCGGCCACAUUGUGUUUGGAGGCAAUCGAUUUUGAUUUAUCGCCAUAUCCAUUGGUUCAACGAUGGUAUUUCACCUUCAAGGAGGAAUAUCCACAAUUGUGGGAGAUAGCCAACAGUGGAAUGCAGGAAAUUAAAGCAUUUGAGCAGAAUCCACCAGAUUUAUCAGAAAUGAAUCAUCCGUUUCAUCCCACUCGAAAACAACCCAAGGCAUGAAUUAAAAGUUAAUUUAAGUUUAAAACCAAGUUUUACAUUCAUAUGUAACUCAUUAAUUGUGCAUUAAAGUCAUCUUUGUAGAUAUCAUAGAUAUCAGAUUGUAGAUAUCAAAAAUAUAAUAACAAAUUUUAAAAUAA